UUAGCCACAUUUAUUUUUAAUGGGUAAAUAACCUAACCUAUAAAUAAUACAUAAAUAAUAGGGAUUUGUUAAUUAUUUCAGAAGUUAAUUGUGUGAUACCUUUACUUUAGCAAGAACGAAUUUCAAAUGGAUUACUUUGAACGAUAUGAAGAUUUAAAUGUACACAAAACAAUGCUGGAAGAUAUCCCUCGAAAUUCUGCAUACCAGAAAGCCAUUUUCGAUAACAAAGAUAGUUUUAAUGGUAAAAUAGUUUUGGAUGUGGGCGCCGGAACAGGAAUUUUAUCCGUCUUUUGCGCUCAAGCGGGCGCUGCAAAAGUUUAUGCUGUAGAAGCAAGUAACAUUUACAAGUUAGCCCAAGAAAUUAUAAAAGAAAAUAAUGUUGACCAUAUUGUAGAGGUAGUGCAUUCCAAAGUGGAAGAUUUAAAAUUAGAUGGAAAUGAGAAAGUAGACAUAAUAAUAUCAGAAUGGAUGGGUCACUACUUGCUUCACGAGGGCAUGUUGGAUAGCGUAAUAUAUGCUAGGGAUAAUUUUUUACGCCGAGAAGGACUCCUCUUUCCCGAAAAUGUCACCCUAUUCUCUUCACCCUGCAGUAUUCCAUCGUUGAACGAGUCAUGGGCGAAUGUGAAUGGGGUCUCAAUGAAAUCAUUUGGAAAACAAUUAAAAGAAGCGGCAAUGAAGGAACCCCUACUGAUUCAAAUAAAUCCAGAUGAUGUUCUCUCUGAGCCUGAAUCAGUUCUUUGGCUUAAUCUUCAUGACGUUACAUUAGAAGAUUUAGAAUCAAUUAAUUUUAGACAUGUUACUUCAGCAUCAAAGGAUGGACGUUAUCAAGGGAUUUGUUUGUGGUUCACAUGUACAUUUCCCUAUUAUUCCACCGAACCAGUCAUUUUAUCUACUGGGCCUGAUGAUCCAAAAACACACUGGUUACAGACGGUAAUUAGUCUACCUGUUGAUGUGGAUGUUGAGAAAGGAACACCCCUUGCAUAUGAUUUGGUUUUAAAAAGAUCAAACACCUCCCUUAGGAAGUAUACUAUUGAAAUGACCAUGCUGGAUCCUGAAGAAGUUGAACACCCUAUAUACUGCGGAUGUCAUAUGACAAAGUGCAUUUUAGCAAAAGCUGUAAUAGAGAAGUAUGACCAUGGAGAUUUUUCGAUGAAUUAAUAAACAAUUAUACAAAAGUGA